UUUAUGUGAAGGUCGUUUUAUAGCCAUCAAAUUCCUCGCCUGUUUUCUUGUUUAUUAUCCUAAUAAUUUCCAGAAAGGAGGAACGCGUCAAACAUAGAACAGGGUCCCCACUUUCUCUGCGCCAUGCAAAGAUGUCACCUUGCAAAGCCAGACAUGGCUUCCACCCCUCCUCGAACCGCGUCUGUCCUCACAAAAAUGGCGUUUCCUUCCAACCCUUCCUCCUAUAUAUCUCCCCCUUUCGUCCUUCCCUUCCCUCAGGCCUGCAAGUCUGUAAUAGCCAAGGAGAGGAAGAAUCCCUCCAAGACUCAUCUUUCUCAUCUCUUCCCCCCGCCGAAGCCAUCCCCAUGGAGAUGAGGAAGAUCGCCUGCGCCGCAUUGGUCUUGGCUACCGCCGCCACCACCGCCCUCGCCGCCGAGGCUCCAGCCCCCGGCCCCGCCAGCGCCUCCUUCGCCGUCACACCCCCCGUCGGAGCCGCUAUUGCUGCCUCCUUCCUCUCCUUCUUCGCCUUCUAUCUGCAGUAACCUC